AUGCCACCGAAAGCAGGCAGCUCGAGCGCAGAGACGAAAACCAAGUCGACUGGCAAACCGACCGCCGAUCCCGCACCCAAGGCCGAAUCCAGCGGCACCAGUCAAGCUCAAUCAGGAAACAAACUGUCCAAGGAUGAAAAAGAACUUUUCAUCAAAUGUCUCAAGGCUGAUCAAAGGACUUUGAGCCACGAAGAAUUACAAAAUGCGAUGCCCAAGCUGGACGUAGUCGAGAAGAUGAGUGUAGCCAAUAACUUGAUCGCUAGAGGCAUGCUCCAAUUGAAAAGAGUUCAUGAUGAACUGUUCUAUGUUGCGGUUGAUAAAUCACAACAAAAAGUGAACUCCAACAUGUCAACGGAUGAGAAACUGGUGUAUGAUAACAUUUCAAAUGCUGGAAACACAGGGAUAUGGACGAAGACGUUGAAGAUGAGAACCAACAUACAUCAAACCAAUCUAACAAAAUGCAUCAAAGCGUUGGAGAAUAAGAACUUGAUCAAAGCGGUCAAGAGUGUCAAAUUUCCGACGAGGAAGAUUUACAUCUUGUCUGAACUACAGCCGAGUGUCGAGCAUUCUGGCGGCCCAUGGUACACCGAUAACGAACUCGACACUGAAUUUAUCGGAGUCUUGUUACAAAGUAUCCAUAAAUGCUUACAAGAUCGGUCUUAUCCUGUACAGAAUUCUUCCAAUGUGGAUGAUACCCCUAUUUCUUUAUUGUAUCCGGUUUCUCACACGCCCUUCCUACCGACCACGGUUCAUGACGUGUUGGCCUACUUGAAGCAGUCGCAAAUCAUUCAAGAAGGCACCGAUCUCAACACUGAACAUAUUUUAGCCUUGCUCGAUGUACUCUUAUACGAUGGGGUGGUUGAAAGGAUCACUGUCGGAACUGCCAAAUGUGAAGGACAAGCUGGGAUGAGUGACUCAGAUGAGGACGAAGAAGACAAGAGUGACGAAGACGAGGAUGGAGGGGGACUUUCUGUGUCUCAAAAACGUCGGAAAAGUGUCGGUUCGGGAAAAAGCUCGAAGCGUCAGAAGACUAAUUCGGGCAAGCAGUUACGUUUCCAGGACAGAUCGGAUGAUCAUCCAGAGCUAGAGGAUGAAGAGGAUACCAAGAGGAAGCGAAGGUCUGAGCCGAGACGAAUCAUUCCGAGUAACGAAGCAUUUGUUUAUCGCGCCUUGAGACCGUUACCUAACCAGCCUGAAACUCAAGAAGAAACGGAAGCUGAAGGCGGGAUAGUCGAGCCGCCGAGUGUCUCUGGUCUGUUUGACAUGCCAUGUGGACAUUGUCCCUCGUUCGACUUUUGUUCAUCCAAAGGAAAAGCUUGGCAGUUCAAAGGAUCCACCAAUCUAGGAGCCGGCGCCAAUCUUCAAGCCAAUGGUAGCGGCGCUGCAUCGGCUUCUUUCAACCGUAAAUUACCCAAAAUCGGUCUUGCUGGUAUCGGCGCUGGUUUUAAUGCCGUGGGGGGACUGGGAGCUGGUGGUGGUGUGGCUCCAGUCAAUCCGGCCGAUUGCAUUUACUUCACUGAAUGGUUAGACUUCUGA